AUGCACAAAGCAACUGAUAGGAUGGGCCCGCGGUUCCCAACCCAUCCAAAGCCAUCGAAGCAGCCCCCGCAGGCUAGCCAGAGAUCACGUACUCCUAGCGGAAGGCAGCAGCAUGCGGCGCGCCGCGCGGCCAAUGGGAGGCGAGCGCCCGGAUCGGUGACGUGGCAAAAAAUUCAGAUCCCGCGCAAAUGCCCACCGCCCCUUGCCUUUAAAAGCCGCCCCCUUCUGGCCUCCUUUCCCCUCCACUCGCAUCAAAGCAACACAGACCUACACACGGUUCCGUGCACACACCCAAACCGGCAAACCCUCGUCGCGAUCCGGCCCCAAGGUCUCGAGAUGAAGGCAAGGGCGAGGUCCAGCGGCGGCGACUCCAGGCUCUCGGUGAGGAAGUCCAAGGCUGAGAAGGACCCAAACAAGCCCAAGAGGCCUCCCAGCGCGUUCUUCGUCUUCAUGGAGGAGUUCAGGAAGGACUACAAGGAGAAGCACCCCAAUGUGAAGCAAGUCUCCGUGAUUGGCAAGGCUGGUGGUGACAAGUGGAAGUCCCUGUCUGAUGCUGAGAAGGCUCCCUACGUCUCUAAGGCCGAGAAGCUCAAGGCUGAGUACACCAAGAAGAUCGACGCGUACAACAACAAGCAGUCUGGAGGCCCCACAGCGUCUGGUGAUUCUGACAAGUCCAAGUCCGAGGUGAACGACGAGGACGAGGAGGUGCGUGAGAGCAAAUCCUCCGAGUCCUGA